AGAAAGAAAGCAAACAAAUAACCAAAUCCUACAAUUAAAAGGAAAACAAAACCUUAAAGGAAAAGUAAAAGGAAAACACAAUCCUUAAUAGACAAGGAAAAGACCAAGUCAACAACUCCUUAAAAUCUAGCCUUCAUAUCCACCUUCCUUGAAGCCCAAGUUGCCUCCAUGCUGGUCCACGAAUUGUAGAAGUAUAAUGGGCUUCCCAUGAUGUUGGUCCAUGUCCAAUUGAGCAUAAUGUCGAUCCAAAUAAGCAGCAAAUUCCUCUCUUAAUCUCUUGGCUUGUAGACGAGUAAUUGGACCUUCGUGUGAUGAAUUGGACUUGGAUUUGAUGACCUCAUCACGAGUGCACUCGGCUGGGCUGUCCGAGAGCACUUGGCUAGGCUGGCCGAGAGCACUUGUCGGGGCUGAAACAUCGGUUUUUUCCCACGCUUAAUCCCACAUUUUUUCCCACUGCCGACAUUUCCUGACUCCCCUCGGCCCUCCAAUGACGAUCCUAGCACCCCCCCCCCCUCAUCAUUGGCCUCGGCCGCCCAUGGGCCACAGGGUGGCAGACAGGCACCACCCCCCUAUAGUGCUCUUAAGGUUUUCUGCACACUGUCAAAGGUUGACAUGCCAAUGUCCGAGGAGUCACACCCCCAUAAAAUCUUCAAUUUAAGGAAUUUUGAUACCAAAUUUUGCAUGGACGUUAAGGACAGUAAUUCUAGGUCUCCCACCAAGUUUCACGAAUUUUUUAUGUGUAGAUUAUUUUCUACAAUUUUUUUAUUGUCGAAACUUUAAAAAUUCAUAAACCAUAAACCACAACACCAAAUUUUGUGAAAUUUAUUCUGGAAGCACCUUACUAUGUGUACAAUUGAAUGGCACAAUAAAAUUGAGAAAGGCCCGACAAAAUUUUACGAACUCUUCACAAAGGGUCUCGGUACCAUGGAAGGCGCUUCACAAACAAGACUUAAUGUGAGUCUAUGUUGAAGAGUUCAAUAUUAUGUGUUUGUAAUUCACCAUGAAACAACUAUUGGCAUCAAUGAAUCAUGUUUGGACAACUUGUCAUGGUGUUUCAACACAUAAAAAACGGCAUUUUGGCCCUCGAAUUAGUUUGGGAGCACUUUGGCCUAGAUUUCUCGGCCAUGAGCACACCUUGGCCGAGAAAUCUCGGCCACCUUGUCCCAGAAAUGUGCACUCGGCCGAGAAAAAUGUGCACUCAUGUGCACUCGGCCGAGAAAUCUCGGCCAGUGCACUCGGCCGAGGAAAAGUGCACUCGGCCGAGAAGUCUCGGCCAGGAGCGCACCUCGGCUGUGCACUCGGCCGAGGAAAAGUGCACUCGGCCGAGAAGUCUCGGCCCAGUGUGCACCUCGGCCUAGUGUGCACCUCGGCCGUGCACUUGGCCGAGAAAUUGUGCACUCUGCCGAGAAGUCUCGGCCAGGAGCGCACCUCGGCUGUGCACUCGGCCGAGGAAAAGUGCAAUCGGCCGAGAAGUCUCGGCCAUGUGCGCACCUCGGCGGUUCACUUGGCCGAGGGAAUGUGCACUCGGCCGAGAAGUCUCGGCCAAGUGUGCACCUCGGCUGUGCACUCGGCCGAGAAGUCUCGGCCAGGUGUGCACCUCGGCUGUGCCCUCGGCCGAGGAAAAGUGCACUCGGCCGAGAAUUCUCGGCUAUGUGUGCACCUCGGCUGUGCACUCGGCCGAGAAGUCUGGGCCAGGUGUGCACCUCGGCUGUGCACUCGGCCGAGGAAAAGUGCACUCGGCCGAGAAGUCUCGGCCAGGUGUGCACCUCGGCUGUGCACUCGGCCGAGGAAAAGUGCACUCGGCCGAGAAGUCUCGGCCAUGAGCGCACCUCGGCUGUGCACUCGGCCGAGGAAAAGUGCACUCGGCCGAGAAGUCUCGGCCAGGUGCGCACCUCGGCUGUGCACUCGGCCGAGGAAAAGUGCACUCGGCCGAGAAGUCUCGGCCAUGUGCGCACCUCGGCUGUGCACUCAACCGAGGGAAUGUGCACUCGGCCGAGAAGUCUCGGCCAGGUGUGCACCUCGGCUGUGCACUCGGUCGAGGAAAAGUGCACUCGGCCGAGAAGUCUCGGCCAGGUGUGCACCUUUGUAUGCACUUGGCCGAGGGAAUGUGCACUCGGCCGAGAAGUCUCGGCCAGGUGUGCACCUCGGCUGUGCACUUGCCCGAGGAAAAGUGCACUCGGGCGGGACGGGCAAGGCAUUUGGCCGAGGCAUCCGAUCAAUUUUUCACACAUUUUUGGCCAAGGCAUUUUGCACAAUUUUUCGAGCUCUAAGAAACGAUGCCUUAUCCAUGGAAGGCAUGAGGCUCACAAUUGAUCGGGACUUGGCGAAUAAUAGAGGCACAGUGAGUCGGGACUUGGGCAUGUAAGGGACACAUAGUUGAUCUAUCAUCGUAUUGUUGCCCGGGACAUGGACAUGGACAUGGACAUGGACAUGGACAUGGACAUGGGACUUGCACAGUUAGUCAGGACUUGGGCAUCUAAGAGAGACAUAGUUGAUCUAUCAUCAUCGUAUUGUUGCCCGUGACAUGGGACAUGGGACUUGGGCAUAUUAUCUUGUGGAUGGUGGAGGCUAAGCCUCGCUUGAUGUUGGGGGAGUUUGAUGACGGGGAGGGACGAAUCGGAGCGACAUAGGGCUGAAUCUCAGUGGAUCGUGGCAGCAAGGCCACUCUGCCACUUACAAUACCCCGUCGCGUAUUUAAGUCGUCUGCAAAGGAUUCUAUCCGCUGCUCGGUGGGAAUAGUACUUCAAGGCGGCCCGUCGGACUCAUCCGCCCUCGGGCUUGACCUACAACACGUGCCUUUGGGAGCCGAAGGGCUCCUACUGCUGGUCGGCAAUCGGGCAGCGAACGCACGCGUCGGUGCCCGCCCGGAUUCUGACUUAGAUUCGUUCAGUCAUAAUCCUUUGGCUGUGGUUUCGCUGGAUAGUAGACAAAGACAGUGGGAAUCUCGUUAAUCCAUUCAUGCGCGUCACUAAUUAGAUGACGAGGCAUUUGGCUACCUUAAGAGAGUCAUAGUUACUCCCGCCGUUUACCCGCGCUUGGUUGAAUUUCUUCACUUUGACAUUCAGAGCACUGGGCAGAAAUCACAUUGCGUGAGCAUCCGCGAGGACCAUCGCAAUGCUUUGUUUUAAUUAAACAGUCGGAUUCCC